AUGCCUACUGACAGCAUGUUCACAGAAGAUUUUAGUCUCCAUAGUUAUGUUAAGACGGCUCUUUCCCAUCAGGUAAUGGAAAUUGUUGAUCCAAAGAUCUCAAUGGAAGCAGAAUCCAUACCAGUUAAUUAUGCAUAUCUGCUUGACAUCAAGGGUCUAAUAAAAGGAGAUCCAUUCCACGCUCUAAGCUCCUGGAAUGAUUCCAUUCAUUUUUGUGAUUGGCGUGGAGUCACAUGUGGCCGGCUUCAUCAAAGAGUCACUGUCUUGAAUAUGUCAUCAUUUCACUUGGUUGGUUCUCUUUCUUCCUCCAUAGGAAACCUUACUUUUCUCAGAGAACUCAAUAUUCAGGAUAACAAUUUUCAUGGUAUGAUUCCUGAAGAAGUAAGCAGACUUUUUCGGCUUCAGUAUCUUCGUUUUGCCAAUAAUUCGUUUGAGGGAGAACUUCCAUUAAAUAUCACGGGUUGUUCAGAGCUAAGUAUUCUUGAUUUAAGGGGUAACAGGCUCAUCGGGGGAAUUCGAGAUGACCUGAGCACUUUAUCUAAGCUUUAUGCUCUGAGCCUUUCCAGGAAUAAUUUCUCAGGUAGCAUUCCACCAUCUAUGGGUAAUAUUUCCUCUCUUCAGAUACUUAGCAUAUCAAGAAACAAUCUAGGUGGAAAUAUUCCAGCCGAGAUUGGUCGGCUUUCAAAUCUGCAUGUCCUUGAGCUGUCCUCAAAUAAACUUUUAGGUGCAGUUCCUCCUCAGCUCUACAACAUUUCGACUCUCCAGAUCUUUUCUAUUACUAACAAUCUAUUAAGUGGACAGUUUCCUGCUACUGUGGGAUUGACUCUUCCAAACCUUACUUUAUUUUUGGCUGAUUUGAACCAAUUCUUUGGAUCAAUUCCAACUACAUUAGCAAAUGCUUCAGGGCCCAUAAAAAUUAGCAUAGGAGACAAUUCACUCACAGGACCAAUUCCACAAAAUCUAGGUAGCCUGAGAGAACUUCAGGUUUUGCAUUUUGGCCAUAAUCCCCUUGGAACUGAUAAAGCAAAUGAUAUUAGCUUUAUUUCCUCCUUAACAAAUUGCACAAAUCUACAAAUAUUGAGUUUGUCAAGAAUUCAAAUUGGAGGCAUACUACCAACUGCCAUUGCCAAUCUUUCAACCAAACUCACAUCUUUGUGGCUGAAUGAUAACAUUAUAUCCGGUAGCUUACCUUCUGGGAUUGGAAACCUUGCAAGCUUGGGCUAUCUCGAUGUACGUAACAAUUCUCUCUCAGAGGGUGAAGUGCCAAUGGAUGGGAUCUUUGCAAACUAUAGUGCCUUUUCAGCACUGGGGAAUGGAAAGCUAUGCGGAGGAAUCAAAGGAUUGAACUUAUCAUCUUGUCCUAAACCUACCAAAAAGAAAGCAAAGCUGUCUACUCCUAUAGUAAUAGCUAUUGCCAUUACUAUUCCUCUAGCUAUAGUUUUACUACUCUUAUCUGGCUAUGUAAUUCAUAGACUAAGAAGCUCAAAACAACAAUUACCUGUUACCUCUGCAGCAGAAAAACAGAAUCAGAAGCUCUCAUAUGCAGAAUUAUAUGAUUCCACCUGUGGUUUUUCUUCAGAAAAUUUGAUUGGUGAAGGUAAAUAUGGCUCUGUUUACAAAGGGGUCCUCAAACCUGGUGAGCAAAUGGUUGCUGUUAAGGUUCUUAAGCUCCACCAACAUGGUGCCCAUAAGAGCUUCUUGGCUGAAUGUGCAGCAUUGAGAAACAUCCGCCAUCGAAACCUUGUCAAGAUCAUAACCUCUUGUUCAAGUUUAGACUUCAAGCACAACGAUUUCAAGGCUUUGAUUUUCGAAUAUGUGCCUAAUGGAAGUUUAGAGAAUUGGUUACAUCCAAGUUCAGCUGAGGAAGAGGAACAAAGCCUAAUGAAGCUCCAGUUGAUACAAAGACUGAAUAUUGCAAUCGACAUUGCGUCCGCCUUGGAUUACCUUCAUAACCAUUGUGGGACACCGAUUAUCCACUGUGAUAUAAAGCCGAGCAACAUACUUCUAGGUGAUGAUUUUCGUGCCUUGGUUAGUGAUUUUGGCCUAGCAAAAUUUGUUUCCUCCAUCGAAGGUAAAUCCCAUCAACAUCAAAGCAGCUCAGUAGCAAUUAGAGGAACAGUUGGAUAUGUUGCACCCAUGGUUCGAAGUCUCGGCCGAGACCGAGACUGUUGA